AUGCGUCCUAUUAUUCUGCUGGACAAAAUGUAUCAAAAAAUGACUAAAUGCAGUAACAGUAGAAACGCGAAAGGACCUCAUAACUUCCCUCACCACAGACAUCGCAUUCCUAUUCCCUUGGAACCUUUAAAAGACGGCCCCUCCAUGGAUCCUAAGGAACGAAUAUUCUUGGAAGCUGCCGAGCGUGGUGACAAAGCCACCAUGGUUCGAUGUCUUCAGCCUCCAAACCCUGUCAGUGUGAACUGUACCAAUAUUCUUGGACGGAGUGCCAUCCAAAUCGCAGCGGACAAUGAAAAUGUCGAGAUCGUUGAACUCUUGUUAGAGCAAGAGAAUGUGAAAAUUGGCGAUGCUUUACUUUAUGCCAUUAGUGAAGGAGUGUAUAAGAUUGUUGAAAUGCUGAUCAACCAUCCUAGUAUCACGAGUGAAAUGCUUGCAAAUGGUUGGGCAAAAUCCCGUCUUCCUGGAGAAGAAAGUUCGGACUACUCUCCCGAUAUAUCUCCAGUGAUACUUGCGGCUCACUGUAAUCAAUUUGAAAUCCUCCAGCUCCUACUUACCCAUGGAGCUAUCAUUGACAAACCCCAUCCAUUAUCCUGCACGUGCCCACGAUGUCGUGAAGGAAUACAUACUGACAGUUUGAGGUAUUCGCUUAGGAGAAUUCAUACUUAUAGAGCCUUGGCAAGUCCAGCAUGGAUAUCCCUAACCAGCGAGGAUCCUAUUCUCACAGCAUUCCAGCUUUCGUGGGAACUCGAGCACCUCGCCCACAGAGAAAAUGAAUUCAAAGAAAUUUAUUUAGUUCUCAGCAAUCAGUGUAAAAAAUACUCUUGCGACUUAUUGGAUCUUUGUCGAAGCACGGAAGAAGUCAUAGCUGUUCUCAACCGGAAAUCAGAAUCUGAAUACGACGAAGAAGAUCGCAAUGGUGAAGAAGACAAGCUUACUUUGUCAAGACUAAAAAUGGCUUUAAAAUAUGAACAAAAACAAUUUGUCGCUCAUCCUAAUUGUCAACAGUUGCUGACCUCCAUCUGGUACGAAGGAUUUCCUGUAUGGCGGAGGAGAAACGGAUUCACGAAGAUAGUUAUCUGCUGUGGCCUGAUAGCCUGUAUACCUGCGAUAUCGCUUUAUUAUUUAUUCUGCCCGAGAUCAAAAUUGGGAAAACUAGUUAGAUCACCUUUCAUGAAAUUCAUCUAUCACAGUGCGUCUUUCGGGUGUUUUCUUCUUCUGCUGGUACUUGCUUCCACUAGGACGGAAGGCAGCGAAAGGUCGAGGCAGAACAUUCGAGGACCUCCUCCAUCUUUAGUCGAGUGGCUUAUUUUCUUCUGGGUUUCAGGUAUGGUGUGGGCUGAAUGCAAGCAGCUAUGGGAAGAAGGCUUGAAAGCAUAUGUUCGACAAUGGUGGAAUUGGCUGGAUUUCAUCAUGCUUUCAUUCUAUUUGGCGACAUUUUCCUUAAAAGCAGUGGCCUUUUUUCAAAUACAUAGUGAUCUCUAUGGUAAUCGAGUGAUGGAAAGACAUCGAUGGCCAAACAACGAUCCUACACUCAUAGCCGAGGGAGUUUUUGCAGUAGCUAAUGUUUUCAGUUUUGCUAGAAUCAUCUAUCUCUUUCAAACAAAUCCACAUUUGGGACCACUGCAGAUCUCACUUGGAUGCAUGAUCAUUGAUAUCGCUAAAUUUUUAUUCAUAUUUUUCCUCAUAUUGACUUCAUUUGCUUGUGGUUUAAAUCAGUUAUACUGGUACGCUGAUUACGUUGAUGAAAAUUGUCAAGCAAAAGGAGAUAAUUCCACCAUGUUCGCAGGAAACUGCUAUCAAAACAGUGAACCUUUCAUGACAAUCGAUUCCAGCUACACAUCUUUGUUAUGGUCUUUGUUUGGCGUGAUACCUAUUAAAGAAAUAAGCAGCCGAAGGGACCAAGCCUUUACCAAAUGGGUCGGCCAUGCACUGCUUGGAGCCUAUAUGAUUAUGGCCAUGACUGUCAUGAUCAAUAUGCUUAUUGCUAUGAUGUCCAGAUCUUUUCAAGAUAUAGAGGAUCAUGCUGAUCGAGAAUGGAAGUUUGCAAGGUCAAAGUUAUGGAUGAGUUACUUCGAUGAAGGCUCUACGCUACCUCCACCGUUCAAUUUAAUUAUUUCUCCUAAAUCUAUAUUCUACUUUCUUCGAGGCAUUAAAAAUAUCAUUGUUCAACUGUUUAGACACAGCACAAAAUUAUGUGGAGUUAAGUCAAUAGAUGGAGCACCGGAAGAUAAGACAGUGAGUUACAUUGGUGAUUUGACCGAAGAUAAGGUUGAACCAAAUAAUACCUGUUUAAGCCCUCCCUUGGAAAUAAACAAAUUAAAAAACAAAGUAAACUAUCAGGAAGUUAUGAAACGACUAGUUAGCAGAUAUAUUCAUCAAGCAAAGAAGCAGCUCCGUCAAGAUGGCGUGAAUGAAGAUGAUUUACUUGAGAUUAAACAGGAUAUUUCCAGCCUUAGAUAUGAACUAAGAGAAGACCGUAAAAGGGAAACAGCCAGAAACACGGGACAAAUCGACAGUAUCAAAAGAGAUAUCAUCCGAACUUUAAGUGGUAGCCAGAUGUUAGGCCCUAAUACACCUUCUUCAACAUCUCCUCCACCCAUUGAACAACGCAUGGCAGUUAGAAGCAUAGAGGACAUGUCAGCCGAUCAUGAUAUGAGAGACAGAAUUGCUAGUUCUGCGCCAACGCUGUCCAGUCAAGACAUCGACUUAAUUAGAAAGGAAGUGAUUUCUGGGGUCCAAAAAGAACUUCAAGCCUUACUGAAAGAGCUACAAUCUCAAAAUUCUAUGGUUCAUCCUCCCCCACAUUCUGCACCUCAUCCACAACUUGGUGUUAGAUUACAUCCUAGUCUCCCAACAGCAGUGCCGAAUUUUACGUCCGAAUUGUACCAAACCCAUCUUUUUACCCAACUGUAAACCACUUUCACCUUCAUCAUAACUAUGCAUCUCCAAGAGAAGAAUUCACUUUCUUCUACUGCUAACAGAGCAGUUGUAAUUCUUUUGUGAAUGAGGGUUUAUUCAGGUAUUAGUGAUAAAAUUUCGGCACAGUAAUUAAACUCUAUAUAAUAUCUAUACAGUGAUUAUGUAUAGAGCAAUAGAAUUUCAUUCAUUUUAAAUCACUAUACAUUAGUAAGUCUUCAUUAGUGGAAUUUCAUAAAUGAAAUGAUGGCUAUCUCAUAAAAGCCACAUUUUAAAAAGAUGCCUUUAGUAAAAUAUUUCUCUUUUUCUGUGUUGAUGUUAACUAGAGAUAAAUCUGCAAUAUGUGUUGCUAUUGAACUAAAACAAAUUUUCAUGAAUCAUGAAAAAGUUCAUCAUUAAGAUGUAAAGGAAGGAUUUUUAAAAUAACGAAACCAACUAGAUUUUAAAUGCUUCAUUUUUAUCAAUAAAAUAUUGCAUGAAAAUAACUGAUAUUUUAAGAAUGUAAUUCAGAUUUCUUUAUUUUAAACACUAAAACAUCUUAGUAUUAGAAUAGAAAGCCUAAAUGGGCUCUAAAUUUGUUUACCAUAAGACAGAAAAAAGAAAUUCAUAUAUAUGAGCUUUUCAUGCCCAUAAGAUCCAUCUUCGCUAGAUACAGUGAUCAUUAUAUACUAUUUAAAAAUAUGAAACGUAUAAUUUAAUUACCCCUACAAAGAUCAAAUGCUAUUUUAAUAUUUAUUCAUGUCGUUCAAUGAAUAUUUGACAUGAAUAUUUUGCUAACUAUUUUUCUCAUAAGUACACUGGUCUGCUGCUUUUCUUAAUAAAAGUCUUCAACCAUUAUUUCCUUUUAUUUAAAGAAAGUUUCGCUAAUCUUCACUAAUUAUUCAUUAUGGCUCGCUUGACCAAUUUUGACGCAAGAAAUCGUGUAAUAGGCAGCAAAUAAUAGUAACGUUCAUGCGAUGUAAAGCUUUUGGAGCCUAAAACUCAUAAUUAAUUAUUUCUAACUUAAAAUAAACUUACCAACACUUGAACGCUAACUUGAAACAACGUUUAUACUUCAAGUGUUGCUCCUUGACUUGGAUUAGCGUUUCAAGUCCGCUUCUAAAUUGGAAAUGGUUGGAAGAAUCCAUAUAUUAUUCUCAGUGAGAGCUACACUAUGGUAAAAAUGAACAUGGUAUUUUUCCUAUAGUGCAUUAAAGUUUACAAGAAUAAACCCUGGUAUGAGAUUUUUUGAAAGAAUAAACGCAACGAUUUGUUUUAAAUAAAUUAAGUCCACGACGGGUUUGACGAUCUUUUGUGAGUCAGCAAGGUCCACAUAGCUCCAAGUCCUACCAAUAAGGAGCAGUAUUAUAUAUUAGUGUCUCAUAGACAAUUUCUAGAAAUAUUAAACUGUUAAACUAGUCAAAUCAUUAUAAUGCUUUACUGCGUGUAGAUUAACAUACUUAUAGAAAUGCAUAUAAAUUUUAAAAAUCAACGCGCAAUUCGUUUAGCUUACUUGUCGCAUUUUCUUUUACAAUGACUAAAAUAUUGCUAUAAGUUUAGAAAUACGUGUAAAAGAAAAAAUUAAAAUUUUGGUUGUUUAUGAACAGUAAAAAUGUGUAUAUAACUUUGACUACAAGAUAUCAUUUAUGUUUAGUGUUGUGUUAUAAAUUAAUCUAAAGCUUAUGCUUCAGUGAGUUAAGUAGGCAAUUUAGGUAUUUAUCAAAGUAACUAUCGUAUGUAGCGAGUUUGCCGCAUUUUUCAAAAUGUCACAUAACUUACUGUAAGUACUAAGUUGUGAAUUUUAGCUAUGCUUUUAGCUUCUUGUUUUUCGUACAACAUGGGAUGAAUCUACCGAUGAACGUUGUAAAAAGAAAUGAAAAGAAAAUUUCCACAAUUUGUCACAGCGAAAUUUUUUUAAUGGAAAUAUAUGUUC